AUGCAAACGCGCUCCACCGAAAGCAACUUGAGCAGAGAGGAAAAAGAAAACAAGAGGUUCUGUUAUGCGAAUCGAAAAUCCGUUCUUCUUUUUGUUGCCUUCGGCACAUCCCGUUUCCCUCUUCGCCAGUUUGUUAUUUUAUCUCGAAUUUUUCCUCUUCUGCUGCUCUUUCGGCACGCUGCCCCCGCAAAAAUCGCCUUUACAGCAUGUCAAAUGCGCCUGAAACGGGCGCUCUUCGCCGGAAAUCUUCUCUUCACAUUCGGGAUACCCGAAUUGCCGGUCUUUAUGAUCUCGAGAAAACUAUUGGACAAGGCCAUUUUGCCGUUGUGAAGCUCGCCAAACACGUAUUUACCGGAGAAAUGGUUCGUUUCUGUUUCUUUAAAAAAGAGACGAACGAUUCUGUUAUUCAGGUGGCCGUGAAGAUAAUUGACAAAACGAAAAUGGAUGAAGCGUCAACUUCACAGAUUAUGAAGGAAGUUCGAUGUAUGAAACUUGUACAACACGCGAAUAUCGUCAGAUUGUACGAGGUAUUGCUGAAAAACUUCAAAAAACAAAACAAUGUCUCAGAAAUCUCGAGGGAAUUUAAAAUUAGCAACGCUUUGUAAACGGAAUGUUCUUCUGUGUUCAGGUUCUGGAUACACAAACGAAGAUAUUUUUGAUUCUUGAACUCGGCGAUUACGACCUGCACGACUUUAUAAUCAAGCACGAGAAAGGAGUAUGCGAGUCAUUGGCUCAGCAGUACUUUUGUCAGAUAAUGACCGCAAUUGAUUACUGCCAUCAAUUACACGUCGUUCAUAGAGAUUUGAAGGUUUGGUUGUCAAAUUUUAAAACAUAAAUUUUGUUUCAGCCCGAGAACGUGGUGUUUUUUGAAAAGCUAGGGAUGGUGAAGCUGACCGAUUUUGGCUUCUCAAACAGCUACGAGCCGGGAGAGCAGCUGAGCACUUCCUGCGGAUCUCUCGCCUAUUCUGCGCCCGAAAUUCUUUUAGGAGACUCUUACGAUGCCCCCGCAGUCGGUUUGUGAACUCUGAUUCUAAGCCUCAAGCGUUGUUUCCGUUUUGCAGAUGUGUGGUCAUUAGGUGUCAUUUUGUACAUGCUCGUUUGCGGUCGGCUCCCAUUUCAAGAAGCUAAUGAUUCCGAAACGUUGACUAAGAUUCUAGACUGUAAAUACUCAAUUCCGGACGUUCUUUCAGCUGAAUGUAAACAGUGAGUGUGCGUUCCUCGAGGACCACCAUAGAAUCGUUUAAAUUCCAGUCUAAUUCAAUCCAUGCUGGUUCGUGAGCCACAAAAGAGGGCGAGUCUCGACAAGAUAGUCUCAAGUUCGUGGGUGAAAGCGGGAGACCGAGGACUUUCCACCGCAAUACCUCUCAUCGUUCGGCAUCAUCUUCCGGCAUCCGCCCACGCAACCAUAAUAGAACAAAUGGUAGCAGGAGGUGUUGCAUCAGAAGAGAAUAUCCUACGGUUUCUGGAAAAUGACGACUAUAAUUCCGUAACAGCCACUUACUACCUGCUCGCUGAAAAAGUGCUUGCUCUGUUCCGAGAGGAACAAGCUAGAGAACUGCUCGCGAAGCACGUGGAAGCGGAAGAUCGGCCAGAAGUGUCUGAAAACAGUGUGACCACUCGGAGCAACGUCAAUUCUCGUUGUCGAUCCCGUUCCAACUCGUGGCGAGCUCGACCGUGUUCCAUUUUGAAGGAAGAGAGCGAAGAGGAACUUUCCUCGUACCUCCGGUCGGCCAGCAGACAAAGCAGCAGGUACUUAUUUUCACUUCUAGUUGAGUUCCCCGCAUGUUUCUUUCUUGUUUCGUGGCAUGAUUCCCUUCUGUUUUCUCGUCCGCGUUUCAUCGCGGCUCUUGGCCACAAACCAGGAAAGUCUAUCCUUCUUACAAAUGUUCAAAGUGUCGUUGUUCGGUCAUUUCUAGAUUCUACCCAUUGCACGAUUUUGUGUCAUCACCACGAAGUGCGAGUCGGUGUUGUAGCGCACAACUUUCUCGUCAGAAUUCGGAAGAAGCCGUCAGUUCGACGGCCUACGACAGCGAUGCUGCCCGCCCAACCACCUUCUUCAUUCCGGCACCUUCAUCUGCCAACUCCACCAGUCCGACCACUCCAACGACGACAGUGAACCGAUUCGAAGAUGUUCUGUCUCCGAUUGAUGAACGGGAAGGCAGUGAAUCAGAUGUACGACGGCAAGUGCGAAGAAGUGUGCUCAAUGAAAUUGUGGACGACUCUUUGAACCGAAACGAGGAGCACGCCAUCCGCAAGUCAAGCGAUAGUUGUUUGCAUGCUCACCACCAGUUGCUCCGUUCCGCGUCGGCGAAACGACUGCUCCGAAGGUUCCUUUCCCUUUCCGUUCUUCCCACACACCGCCGUUACCACUCUUCUUCUCACUAACAGCCACGUUUCAGAAACUCUUCUCCGUCCGUCUCGAUGUUCUCCGGAAUAUCAAGAGAUCGCGUCAGUCCGCAGGCCGUCCAGGAGCUUCUCGAUCUGAACAGACUCGGUAAUCAAAUGAUGCAUUCGCAGUUUCAUACCGCUAAUAUUCCAAUCUGCUUCUAAUAAUCUCUUUCAUUUCAUCAUGCUGUUUCACAUUCCAGGAGGCGGUCGUGGUCGAGCUGCCAGUCCAGAGAGUGUCCGCAGUAGCCGUUCUCCGUCUCCGCCAGCUUCCAGUAGCGGAAGAACUUCUCCGGGUUAGUGAAUUCAUCUUUCAAAAGCACUCAAGUAUUCGUUUAGCAAUGUCCGCAAUUUCUUCGAUGUCACGACUCAAAGUGAGUUCCGUGAGUGUGACUAACAGCGGAAUGCGAAAGUUGUCGUCGUCGCCCCAUUUACUCGGAAUCUGUGAAGAGGUAACAACUAAAAUAAAACCAGCAUUAACAAAAGUGCUUCAGACUGAGGACGGAAAUGAAGUCUCGCAGACAACUUCCGGUCGCCAUCUGAGAGCUCUGGAUGAUCGUGGUGGGCGGACGAACAGGUAAUGACUUCCGGAAAAUGGUCUCACACUCCUUGUAGUCAUUCAAGAUCCGCAUCAACAGGCUUAGUUCAUAUUCCGAGCCGUCAUCACUCAAUUCACGCAACUAAAAGCUCAGCGGCUUCACUUCUCACCACUCCGUUCACAACCAAAAAUCAAGUGCUGUCCUCCACGUCGACCAGUUCUGGUUCUGCUUUCGUUCAGUUCACUCCUAACACCUACAGUGCCGUCCGAUCAAUCCGUCCUCGUCAGGCUAUCGUAUCUCCGGACGUUCUUCGUCGAUACGAUCCUCAUCAACGAUUUAUAGUCAGAUCGAAACGAAGUGCCAGUUGCUCUUCUUCUGAUGCCUCGGACGACGAUGACGGACGACGACUGACGAUGCUCUCUUCGAAAUGUGCAUCGAAAUUUGACGAAAGAAACAAGAAAGAUGACGAUGACGAGGCGGACGGAGGAAUGGCCGGAAAAAGAGGAACGUCUUCGGGUGGACCGGCAUCAACACUGGGAGGUAGCCGACAAUCGAAUAGUCAAGCAGGGAUCACUCCACAAAAUAACGAAAAAAGGUAAACAGAAACUAAAACCAGUGAUAAACAAUGAAAAUUCACAGAUCAACUCUGAAUGACGCUGUUCUUCCACUGCGCCCGAUUCCAGAAAUGACGCUUCUGGACCAAACAAUCAAUUCGCCCGAAAGUGUGUCCAUUCGUAAUCGCAUUCUGCACACUUCCUUGAGCACUCAAUCUAUGAUCCGAAAAUGGACAGAAAUGGAUUCGGAAACAGUCGAUUGCUCUAGGUGGUACGGUACGCCGCCGAGAGAUUACGAGUGAGUUUGAAGUAUUCAAACUUUCCAAACAUUCAUAAACUUUCAGAGAACGUAUGUCUGGCGGUGAAAAGACGCCAUGGCUGAGAACUCUAAGGAGAACGGCUUCGAGUCAAGACCUUAUCCGCGAAAUAAACGAGAGUGACAAGUGCAGUGAGCAAGGAGAAGAUUCCGCAUGCUCGACGGAGAAGGAGGAGUCGGCGAACUCGUCGCCGCUCAUCCAGAACAUGUACAACGAUUCCAAGUUCUCGUUCCUGCACACGCUCCCCAUGGAAAAAGUCGACCGGUGGUUACAGUGUGCCGAAUUCGUCUUCUAAACAUCGUUUUCUCUAUGUUUUUCAUUCCAAAGUCUUUCUUUUCAACAGUACAACCGAGAUUUUGUCGUCCACUUCAUAAGUUCGAACCGGUUUUGUUCAUACCGCUUACCAAUAUUUCAUGUGCAUUUUAGUCCCUUCAUAUUUCUUUUAGUCAUUCUUCGCCGCCGAAUAGUUUUCAUUCAAUGUUUUUCAAUUUCCCAUCUAGUGAAUCCUUUCUCAGAAGAGCUCGUUUUUUUCUCGUUGUGUGAGAUUUUAUCAAACAUUUUCAACUUAUAGAAAUAGGAGAGCUUACCCACUCGUAAUAGUCUAUGUUUCCUAAUUUUUGUGAAUGAAUUGUUUAUUGCAGACGUUUAGCGCACUUCUAAGAGAGUUUGGUGGCUGUUUUAUACUUCAAGAUCUCGUUUUUAGUCAAAUCUGCAAGUUUGUCAGCAGAUGAGGGUGUUUCAAAGGACCACUCUUCGACAGCUCCGAAGGUUUGGCACUGCUCUUCAGUGGCCAUUGAAAGAAGUACGCAUCAGUGAGAACACGCGGUUGCUGGAGGAGAAAUGGUCGAAGUCACUAGUCGACGCAUUCAAUUAUUCGAAAACUGUAUUCCGUUCUUUUUGAGAUCUAAUCCAAAUUCAACUGUUCAGAAGCCGUCUCGUCUCGGAGAGAAGAAGUACAUUCUGUCUAUGUUUCCCUAUCCUUCGGGUCGUCUGCACAUCGGACACAUGCGCGUUUACACCAUUUCGGAUGCGACCGCCCGUUAUUAUCGGCUGAACGGAUACGAAGUGAUUCAUCCGAUCGGAUGGGAUUCAUUCGGGUUGCCCGCGGAGAACGCCGCCCGUGACAAAGGAGUCGAUCCUCGAGAAUGGACGGUGCGAAACAUUGAAGCGAUGAGGGAGCAGCUGAUUCGAACAAGGAUUCUGUUCGAUUGGGAACGCGAGAUUUCGACGUGCGAGCCCGAAUUCUUCCGAUGGACGCAAUUGAUCUUCUGUCGACUGUUCGAGCACGGACUCGUCAAGCGGACGACGGCCGAGGUGAACUGGGAUCCCGUCGACAAGACGGUUCUGGCCGCCGAACAGAUUGACAAUGACGGAAGAAGCUGGAGAAGUGGUGCGAAGGCGGAGAAAAAGAAGUUGCGGCAGUGGAUGGUGGAGACGCCGAAGUACGCGACACGACUGCAGGAGGGACUGAGGAAGAUGUCGGAGCAGUGGGGAGAAGUGGCAGACAUUCAAUCGAACUGGAUCGGAAAGUGCGACGUCUUCCGUUUCAUGCUUCCAAUUCACAAAGACGGAACGAGCGACGAGUACAUAGAUCUUAGAGUUCAUGAUAUAUUCCAAAUUGCCAAUGCUCAGUUUCUCGUUAUCAAACAGAGCCAUCCAUUGGCACACAAGCAGGAGACUCAAUUCCCAUGUGAGACUAUCAUUCCAAUCUGAAAUGGCAAUAGUGAUUUCCAGACAAACUGCCAUCCCAAGUUCUGAAUGGAGUCAGUGGACGGCAAAUGUCCGUGAUCGUCGUCGAGGAUUCGUAUCGGCCGGAAACCGUCAGUUAUCUGAAUUGUCGCAUUGGAGACUUCGAGAUAGACAAAGAACUCGUCGCAAAGUUUGGCAUUCAGCAGUCGAAACACAAAUUAAAUUUGACCAAAAACGACAUUCAAGAAAUUGCAGCGGUGGGAACAUUUGGUAGCUGAAUAAUACUUGACGAGAUGAUUUCAGUUUGGAGGAUACGGUGGCUACGAAACGUCGCGAACGUUGAGUGAUUGGGUGGUUAGCAGGCAGAGGGGGUGGGGCACUCCGAUCCCGAUGGUCCAGUUAGAGAACGGAAAAAGGGUGGCCGUGCCGACGGACAAGCUGCCAGUGCUCGGAUCGGAAAGAGGAGAGAAAGUGGAAGAAGCGAAGUUCGGAAUGAAGGGAACUUUCGACGAAGACACACUCGACACUUUCUUUGAUUCGGCAUGGUAUUACCUCCGAUACCUGGACAACAAAAACGGAAAAGAAAUCAUCUCGAAGGAGGCAAUGAAGAAAAUGCCAGUGGAUGUGUACGUGGGAGGAAUCGAACACGCCGCCGUUCACAUGUUCUUCGCCAGAUUCAUCGCUUACUUCCUCAAUGAUAUCGGAGUGAUCCAGACUGCAGAGCCAUUCACGGACCUGAUUCCACAGGGAAUCGUUCGUGGAAGGACGUUCAUUGAGAAGGAAUCCGGAAAGUAUUUAAUGCCUUCUGAAGUCUGCGAAAACAGUUCGAAAUUAACGAGGAGGGACGAUGAGAAAGUGGAAGUUGAGGCGGUUUACGAGAAAAUGAGCAAGUCGAAGAACAACGGAGUCGAUUUGGCAGCGAUGUUAGAUUCGGAAGGCGUCGAUAUGACCAGACUGAGGCUUCUCGAGGCAGCUGCUCCACGAGCGCCGAUCAAUUGGGGAGAGACUGAUCUGAAAGGAAUCAAGAAGCUUCUCGACAGAAUCGCCACAAUUAAUUCACAGUUCAUUGAAGCGAGGAGCCAAGGGAAAAGGGUGGAACUGAAAAAAGAAACAGAGGAACUCAUAAAAGAGACGUACAACUUUUUUGUGCGGAACGUCGGAAUGUGUCUCGAAGUUCUUCAUCUGCAUAACACUGCACUAAUGAGACUUCAAGGAUUCACGAACGCAUUGAAGGUGAGCAACAUCUAGGGCUACCCGAGAGUAUGUUACUUUCAGAAGAUCGACCCCGUAUACUUGGCAAACAGUCCUCAAGGAAAGAGAGCCGUUGAGUCACUCACAAUCAUGCUCCAGGUUGGUUAGAUUCCUAUUCACAGCUUCUGAAUGCUUUCUGAGCUUCUGAAUGCUUCUGAAUGCUCUGAGCUUCUGAAUGCUUCUGAAUGCAAGCUUCUGAAAUCUAGGUGUUCUGCCCUCAUGUUUCCGCUGAAAUGUGGUCUGCUCUGUCCUCUGACGGAACUAUCGUUUCCGAUCAGAAAUGGCCUCAAGUCGACGACGACGCCGCGAUCGAAUUCCUUUUGAUGAUCGAUGGAGUGAGUGCAGGACGGCCGAGCGUGGAUAGACGGACUGUCGAAGAGAUGUCAUUGGAAUCACUUUGGGAGAGAGCGAAGAGCAAUGAACACUCCGAGAUGCUCCGAAUUUUGAAAGAGGAGGGUCUCACCACGAAAGAGCACAAAUACUCGGCUAGAAAAGGUCAGAGACUUUCGCAUAUUCAAACAAGUUUCUCAUUCGAUUCAGGCUUCCAUGUAUGUUUGUCCUGCAGUUUAGAAGGUGACAAAGAGGAAAAUCGGAAACGAAUCGGCAAGAUUCUCGACCGAAUUCAGACUGAGAAACGAAGAGCUGAGAAGAAAAGCAGCGGGAAGAGGAAAAGAAAGGAGAACGAGAAAUAA